UGGGCACCAGUGACGGAGCGGCAUGGACACAAUGUUAUGUUGAGGCACAGGAGAAUCGCUAGUGCCGUUCGAGAGCUAACCGGAUAACCCUGGAUCCGGAGAACAUCUGGAUGGCACGAGGUCCUAUCCGGUAUUCGUGGAAUCGCAGUCAAUAUAUGCACAUGUCAUUUAUGGUCCGGAUUCACCAGCGCACCGAUUGAUGCCCAGCACGCGUGCAGCUCAGACAGAAGCUUCAAAGGGUAGUCCUCCGCCGGUGGAAGUUUCCCCAAGGAGUGGGUGGCCCGUCACCGGAAGCCAGCGUGCAAAGCCAUCGCGGGUAGCGAUCUAUGGGAGCAGUAGCAUUGCAUUAGCCAGGUUUUUUUAAGCACAGAAGUGGGUUUGCGAGUCCGCGUUCGCCACGAAAGCAUGUUCUCUCUUGACGGUGAAGAUCCUGUCUUGGCACGAGCUCGUU